CUGUGGACGGAGACCCCUGCUUCCUUCAUGGCUAGCAAAAAUCCCAGGAAGUUUACACAGAGCAAAAGUGCUAGAAUUAGUUUGGAACCUUUUGUUUCCAACAUACAUUUGCUGUUAGUGCUAGAGAUGCUGGCAUCAGGAUUGUUCUCCAAAGAGCAAGCUAUAAAAAGGUCUCCCUAAGUGGAGCUCCUCAUUUUCCAUCUCCCUUGCCAGCACUCCCCGGAAGAAGCACAAGCUGUUGGAGUGGCUAGGCGAUCUUCGCUUUGAAUCCCAGCGAUGAAGAAAGAAAUGUGGGUGAUCCCCAGCUAACGGAGAGGAAAAAGAAAACCACAAACCACAGACACACACACUGAUUCCGCCCUGGAGAUUUCCUCAAGGCUGAUGUUUGAUGAAGCCUUGCCUAUGCUUCUUUGCAGUAGCUGCAAGGUUCAUGCUGAUGGUGACAAACUUUCUUCUCUAACUCUUUCUCCUGUCCCUGGGAACUCCUCUCCGGGACUGACUUUUGUUUAUGUGGCAGACACGGAUGCUAGCUGAAGUUUCUUGGAGAAGCUCCACGUGUGGAAACCUGCUGGUGCACCUCACUGUCUCUGCCCUGAGCUCCCUCUACUUUCCAGCUGAGGCCCUGGAGAUUAUGCAAGAAUUCUUGAAGGAAACACAUACUUUUGCAUCAAGAAAAGCAGAAACUCUCCAGAUGUCGUCCAGCAAUGACCAAGUUUUUAUCCCCAUGUCAGAAAGAAACAAUGGCCUUCCUGGAGUGAACUCUAGUGCGCUGAAGAUGGCUAUCGAAGGGGAUGUGUUAAGUUUCCAUAACAUCACCUAUCGAGUGAAAGUGAAAAGUGGCUUUCUACUUGGUCGGAAAACAGUUGACAAAGAAAUACUAUCAAAUAUCAGUGGGAUCAUGAAACCUGGCCUCAAUGCCAUUCUGGGACCCACAGGUGGAGGCAAAUCUUCGUUGCUAGAUGUGUUAGCUGCAAGGAAGGAUCCACAUGGAUUAUCUGGAGAUGUUUUGAUAAACGGAUCACCUCAGCCUGCCAAUUUCAAGUGCAGUUCAGGUUAUGUGGUACAAGAUGAUGUUGUGAUGGGCACGCUGACAGUGAGAGAAAAUUUACAGUUCUCGGCAGCUCUUCGGCUUCCAACAACAAUGAAGAGUCAUGAAAAAAAUGAACGGAUUAAUGUGAUCAUUAAAGAGUUAGGUCUGGACAAAGUAGCAGAUUCAAAGGUUGGAACUCAGUUUAUCCGUGGCGUCUCUGGAGGAGAAAGGAAAAGGACAAGUAUAGGAAUGGAGCUGAUCACGGAUCCUUCUAUCCUGUUUCUGGAUGAGCCCACAACUGGUUUGGACGCCAGUACAGCAAAUGCUGUCCUUUUGCUCCUGAAAAGGAUGUCUAAACAGGGCCGAACAAUUAUCUUCUCCAUUCACCAGCCUCGGUAUUCCAUCUUUAAGUUAUUUGACAGCCUUACUUUAUUAGCGUCAGGAAAACUCAUGUUCCACGGGCCUUCCCAGGCAGCUUUGGAGUUCUUUGCAUCAGCAGGCUACCAGUGUGAGCCCUACAACAAUCCUGCAGAUUUCUUUCUGGAUGUCAUUAAUGGAGACUCCUCUGCUGUUGUAUUAAAUAGACAGGAGGAAGACCAGGAAGCAAACAAUACUGAAGAGCCUUCCAAGAGAGGAAAGUCAAUAAUAGAAAAAUUAGCUGAGGUUUAUACCAAUUCCUCUUUCUACAAAGAAGCAAAAGCUGAAUUGGAGCAACUUUCAGGGGGCCAAGGAAAAAAGAGAAACUCUCCCUUCAAGGAAGUUACCUAUGUCACAUCCUUCUGUCAUCAGCUCAAAUGGAUUACCAAGCGUUCAAUGAAAAACUUGCUGGGUAAUCCCCAAGCUUCUAUAGCUCAGAUAAUUGUUACAGUCGUACUAGGACUGGUUAUCGGUGCUAUUUACUUUGGACUAGAAAAUGAUCAGACUGGAAUUCAGAAUAGAGCUGGGGUACUCUUUUUCCUGACUACUAACCAGUGUUUCAACAGUGUAUCAGCUGUGGAGCUCUUUGUAUUGGAGAAGAAACUCUUCAUACACGAGUACAUCAGUGGCUAUUACAGAGUGUCAUCGUAUUUCUUUGGAAAGCUGUUAUCUGACUUACUACCCAUGAGACUGAUACCAAGUAUUAUAUAUACUUGUAUCCUAUACUUUAUGUUAGGACUGAAACCAGUGGUAGAGGCUUUCUUCAUCAUGAUGUUCACCCUUAUGAUGGUUGCUUACUCAGCCAGUUCCAUGGCACUGGCCAUAGCUGCAGGCCAGAGUGUGGUAUCUGUAGCAACACUGCUCAUGACCAUCACUUUUGUGUUCAUGAUGAUUUUUUCUGGACUUUUGGUGAAUCUCAGAACCAUUGAGCCUUGGUUGUCCUGGCUUCAGUACUUCAGCAUUCCUCGAUAUGGUUUCACAGCUUUACAACAUAAUGAAUUUUUAGGACAAAAUUUCUGUCCAGGACUCAAUGCAACAGUAGACAACAGUACCUGUGGUAACAGCUAUGCAAUGUGUACUGGUGAAGAAUACUUGAUAAGCCAGGGUAUUGAUAUCUCUCCUUGGGGACUGUGGAAGAAUCACGUGGCAUUGGCUUGUAUGAUAGCUAUCUUCCUCAUAAUAGCCUACCUGAAGCUGUUAUUUCUCAAAAAGCAUUCUUAAAUCCCCCUUUAAUUUUCCACAAAUUACCCUCAUAUUAAAAAAGGAGCACUUUAUCCAUGGGAA